UCAUAGAAAAUAACUUGUAGUCAAAAAUUCUUGCAAGGAAAAACUAAUGUCAUAAAUUUUCAGUUAAUCCUUCGAAAUGAGGAAAUGUUGCAGAUGUAACGAUGACAGUGAAAAAGAGAGGGAAGCCGCGUUGUGGCAAGAAAUGAUUGAUAAUUUGAUACACUUCACAGAAACCUCAACAUCAUUGAUGAUAGGGAUGCAAAAAAAGCUGGGAAUACCACCUGAUGCAGACCCAAAUGUAAAAAUGUGCGACCCAUGCGGUCUUCUGGAAAAGUUGAAAGACGAAUUAGGAGGGAUGGAACUGGAGGAAAAUCCCUCGCCAGUUUGUACAUGCACAUCGCCGUCUCAGACAUUAGAUGAUGAUGACACAAACCCUGACAUAACAGCAGGAAUAGAGUGCUACAAACCACCAAGAGUUAUAAGAAAGAAAAAGUUCAAAUAUUCCAGCGAAAUAGAAUCGCAAUUGUUGGCUAAAAAAAAACGAAAUCCACCUUGCACGUGUAACAAAGAUAGCUGCAAGCUGCCGGUGGACGCCUGUCUCUGCAAAAAAUUGCCGGAAGAAAUACAACUUCGCGAUACUUGUGAUGACAUUUUUUGUCCCAUUACACUCUGUUCAGACUUGACUCAAGAAGAAAUAGUGAAUAUUUAUUGCGAAGGCGAGAUACCUGAGAAGCCAGAUUCAAAUAUAGACCAAGACCCUCUAGCAUGGAUACGCAAACCCGGUUCAUUCGAUCCAGAUAAACUGCCUCAAGAUGAUGAACACCCCUACGUAAUUAAAACUGAAGAUAAUUUUAGGAUGAGGAAUAAUUCUCUGGGCUACGAAUUAUUCAAUGCCAUGAUGAGAUAUUCGAACAAUAUUGCACAGAUCGACUAUGCUUCGAAAGAAAUGGAGACGUACUCAGACUAUGCAAGAAGAUGCAUACUUGUAGCGAAAAAGCUCAAAAGAGAAACGUCAAAAGAGGACUUGAUUGGUUUAUGCACCAGCAAUCACAAAAACACCUAUAUACCCUAUCUGGCCGGUCUCUUCAACGGAAACAGGGUGGUUGCAUUCGACCGAUCUUCCGACAGAAAGGAGAUGCAGAACUGCCUGGUGAACGUGACACCCAAGAUCAUGUUCGUCGGCGAAGACUCUCUCACGUUCCUCCAAGAGUGCAUGCAAUCCGCGAAAGUCGAUUUCAAAAUUGUCGUUUUUGGCGGUGAGAACGACGCGGGCUUUGCCUGUUUCGAAUCCUACCUUCAUGAUGACGGCAGUUCCUUGGAUGACUUUCAGCCAGAUAAUAUUGAAGAUUUGGACACCACAUGUCUGAUCUGCUUCACUGGGGGAAUACCGGAAGCUAAAACGGUGUGUCUGUCACAUUAUGGAUUGCUGAGGCAAAGCUUUCGUAUGAUUACAACUGAGCAUGCUCAACCAGUCAUUUUGAGUUUCUUGGAAAAUUAUCAGAUCUCAUCUUUGUUGGUUCUGUUUUCCUCUAUUCUAACUGGAGUUACGAGAAUCAUUGUAGAAGAGUUUGAAGAGGAGAACACAUGGAAACUGGUUGAAAAAUAUGAGAUCAACGCUCUCCACCUCUAUCCCCAUCAUUGCGUGAAGUUAUCGACACUGCCCGAACCCGAGGAAGACACGUCCUCCCUCUUUUACAUAUUCCUAACAGGAGGGAAUGUCAGUUCAGGUCCACUGAACGAGCUGAAGAGAUAUCUGAUGAAAACUCUCAUAUGUCAUUCCUACGAACACACUGAAAUGUCCGGUAUAAUAGCUCUUUUCGAUUUUUCGAAGCCGGAAGAUAAUUUUUUCAAUUAUUUCAUCAAUCAGAGCGUAGGAAGACCAAUCAACGGAAUUUGGUAUAAGGUAAUCGAUUUGAAAACCGGUCGAAUGGUACAUCAGUAUGAAACAGGAGAACUUUUUGUAAAGUCUAGGCAGAUACGCAACGGAUACUUCGUCAAAAACCAAGAACAACCCCAAAACAAAGAAGGCUGGAUAAGCACCGGUGAUUUAGUGUUUUUUGACACUUACAAAUGUUUUCACUAUGUUGACAAGAUUCGCGAUCUGAUCAAGUAUAAAGAUAUACAGAUUGUACCAUCUAAAAUAGAGAAUGUUCUCUUAAGCCAUCCGAUGGUCACAGGAGCUGUGGUAAUUCCAGUUUCAAACGAAGUAGAUGGACAACAUAUUGCCGCUGUAGUGACUGUCAAAGAAAACGAAGAUAUUUAUGCUAAAGAUUUGGAGGAUUGGAUAAAAACAAGAGUCCCUGAGGAGGAACAAUUGAGAGGAGGUGUAAGAAUUGUUGGAUCCUUACCAAGUAAAAGUAAUGGUAGAAUUAACAGAAAAGUUGUUCGAAUGAUGGAGACUUAGGUAUUUAAUGUAUAUGUUCAAUUUCUAAUGAAAGAAUUAUAGUGUCCUUAUUCAAUUAUA